CCGGAGUUUCAGAUGUCUCUGGAGAUGACGUAGGAAUACGCCAUGUUGUAGAGGUGACCAGGUGGCUCCAUCAGGAACUGCCGGCCAGACUCUUCUUCCUUCUAUUUUGGAUCGUGUGGGGGAUCCGCGAUGGGUGCAUACAAGUAUAUGCAGGAGCUCUAUCGCAAGAAGCAGAGCGACGUGCUCCGCUUCUUGCUGCGCGUCAGAUGCUGGCAGUACCGCCAGUUGACCAAGAUGCAUCGUGCCCCUAGACCAUCCAGACCAGACAAGGCCCGCCGUCUGGGUUACAAAGCCAAGCAAGGUUUCAUUGUCUUUAGAAUUCGCGUACGACGUGGUGGACGCAAGCGUCCAGUUCCCAAGGGUGCGACCUAUGGCAAACCCAAGAGCCACGGUGUCAACCAGUUGAAACCGACAAGGAAACUGCAAUCAGUUGCAGAGGAACGCGUUGGCCGCCGUUGUGGCGGAUUGCGAGUACUGAACAGCUACUGGGUAGCUCAAGACUCUUCAUACAAAUACUAUGAAGUUAUUCUGGUCGAUCCUGCCCAUAAGGCAAUUCGUAAUGAUCCUAAAGUAAAUUGGGUAUGCAACGCAGUGCACAAACACCGUGAGCUUCGCGGCAAAACUUCCGCUGGCAGGAGCUCUCGCGGAUUAGGCAAAGGACAUCGCUACUCGCAAACAAUCGGUGGCUCGCGUCGGGCGGCCUGGAAGAGACGAAACACGCUAUCUCUCCGCAGAAAACGAUAAUUAUCUUGUUUGUAACUUUUGCAAUGCAAGGUACAUCAUUUUAUUGGUUACAUCGGAUCAAUAUCGUGACGUAUCCUGUACAAAAAAUAAAUAUUUCUUUCUUAAGACUUGGAAAA